UAUAGAUUCUUUCAGAACUGUCAGUGUCACUUAUAAAAUUUGUCAUUAGUGUGUCAGUUUCUUACAUAACAUAACCUCAUUAUUAAAAUAACUAGAAUUUCCUGAAUUAUUCAAUUUUUACUUCUAGUAAAAAUGGGAAACGGCUUUGGACAUGUCCCAAGGACUGGGUUUGACUUAUAUUUCAAACCUGAAAUAACUCCCAGCCCCCACGAAGAACCUACAUUUGAUCCAUUAUUAGGUUUCGAAUCAGGGAGAAAAGAAAGAGUCAUGAUUGCGACCGAGGAAGAAAUGAGGUCUGCGAAGUUACCACUGGAAGACCGUGACUACUGCGCCCAUUCACUUCUGAAAUUCAGAACCUGCAGAAGAGAUAAUUUUCCAUGGGUUGUGAAUUGUUCACAUGAAAAGCACGAGUACCUCAAUUGUAAAUACGAUGACUUUGUAAUAAGAAUGAAGGAGUACGAACGAGAGAAAAGGUUAAGAAUUAAACAGCAAAAGGAAAAUGCUGCAGAAGGAGCUUGAACUAGAAAACUUGAAAUAAAAUGUGAAGUGUAUACAAUUAUAGUUUGUUUUGAAUAAGACUUUGUAUUUGUCUUUAGAUAAAUAUUGGUUCUAUAGUAA